AAUUCUCCUAUCCUGUUCUUCCUUCCCCCUCCUUUAUAAAAAUCUUGUUUACACUUUCCCUCAAACCAGGUAAGCUUUCGCCGUAAGAAGAUCCCAUCAACCAUAGACCACUCUUCUAUGGUUCGACCGACCGAACCCCCCAAUCCCCAAUCGGGUUUUCUCUAUUCCCUCAGCUCCGUUCUCCAUCUCCGACUAUAGUCUAACUAUCAACGUGGCUUCCGCGCAAUCACACUCCCUUCCGUCAUCGCACCAACAACACUCACUCACUCCCCCUUCCUCUCUCUUUUCACUACUACUACUACUACACAACAAAGAAAAAAAACAAAAGUACCUUACUUUAUCCAAUUACUUACCUCUUCGUCGCAUUCAACCAGUUCAAUUUCUCCCUGAAGCGCUAAACAACAACCUAAUACCUUACUACCCUCCACAAUGAUCACCGACGACGAACUCCACCGUCUGGCCGUCUUCCUCGGCUCCUGCGCCAUGAUGAUGAUCGUUCUCUACCACUUCCUCGAGGUCAAUCAGAAAGAAGAUGACGAAAAGGUCGACGUCAAAAACAACAACAACAGCAGCAGCAGCAAGCAACAAUCUACGGGCGCGUCGUCGUCGGCUGGUUCGACUACUACUGCGUGAAUUUGAUUUGAUUUGAUUUGAUUCGGCUUGGACUUGGUAUUGGAAUUGCAGGGGCAGUGUCGUUAUUAUACUUGUCGGUUGAUUGAUCGAUUGAUUGAUGGGUUUGCGCCUUGGAAUGCGGAUUGGUUUUCGACUUUGCGAUACAAAUACUACAAUGUAUGGUCUAUUGUUCCUGAGCGUGCGCAAAGGAAACAGACAGACAAGGAAGGGGGGAAAUGGAUGAUGGCAAAAGUGUGGUGGAACAGAACAGAACAGAACAGAACAGUGGCGAUGAAUAGAUACCCCGGUGGUCGUCGUCAAUAUAACUACCCUAUUUUUCAAA